AUGGCUCGAAGAUAUCGUUAUGGUAUCUGCGCAGGAUUCGCAAUACAUCCACAGUCAUUGAUCCCAAAUAUAGGACGAUUAUUAGUUAUAAUACUAUUUACAAGUGCUAUUAUAGUUGAAUGUAGUCACAAUGAAACGGAUGAAGAAGUUAAAAGAAUCGAAAGUGAAAUACCUGAGAGACUAAGAAUCGUAGAAGCAGUUACAGGCAGAGGAUUUAUGAAUCAUGUUUACCAAAACGGAACAUUUAGAACCGGUAACAGUUUAUGGGACAAUAUAUUAAAUAAGUGUACAUUAAAACCAUCCGUGAGUUGUUUACAAAAGAACUUUUACACGUAUUUGGAUGACAGUUUAGGAUUUAAUGGUGAUUUAAGUGUAUCUAGUGGUGUGUGCUUUAAAAAAAACAAUGUAGAUAUAAACAAGUAUAGUGAAGAAGCGAAUACUAUCUACCUCACUGGCAGCAAAGAAAAUGGCUUUGAAAGAUCACUCGAUGAAGAAAAUGAAAUUAAAGAUGAUGAAGAACCUGAAACACCAUUGGAAGAAGUAAGCGAUGCUCUUUACAAUAAGGCAGUGAAGUUCCUAAUGACACAUGACAUGCAGCUAAAAUUACCCGAAAUGAUGUUUCACGGUUCCACGUUGAAGAUAUCUCCUCGGGCGCUGACGAAAACUGGUGCCCUAGUACACAUUGAUCUGGAACCGAACGAAAAUGGCGAAGGCAGAAUAUUUUUUCACAAAAUUAAGAAGUAUUUGAAGAGAAAACUAAUAAUGGCAGCCAUAGGUAUCAUCGUUGCUAUAAAGUUAAUUGCACUAAAACUGGUAUUUGUAUUACCAGUGAUAUUUGGAGUGACCACAGCUAAGAAGUUGUUUAUGAAGAUACUCUUGUUCCUGUUCCCAGCAUUGAGUCAUAUAUUUAAGCUGUGUUCAUGGUACCAUCAGAGUUAUCACACCACGAAGUAUCACCAUCAUCAUCAUUUGAUCACUCAUCAUCAUAAAGUUCCCCACUCUCAUCAUCCACACUCAUAUGGACACCCAUCACACGGUGCAGUGGUGAUCAAACCUCAUGUAGAAAACCCCCCAGCCUCCUUAGAUCACUAUCCUCAGGAUUGGGAAUUAUCUGGACCUGGUCUUGGCAGCGAAUAUCUAUCUGAUAUUCAUCGAAACGCCAUAGCCAAUUUCAAGCCUCAGGAAAGUGACUUAAAUGAAAUCAACGCUUGGGGCCUUGGUUUUCCACCAGGACAGUCAUUGAAUGUUGGAGAAUAUGCCAGCGGUACUUCUAAUACCCCCAAUGUCAUUUCACCUAAUACAGCCCAAAAAGUCCCUGUAAUUGGUGUUCCUGUAAUGGGUGGUCCUGGAAAACCGGUAGGCCCACCCCAGAAUCCAUUUUAUCGCCAUAAAAAGACGUCACCUAACGAUCCCGCACAAGCUGAAAAGGAAGCAUUGAUACGGGCAGCAUCCCUAGCAUCUCGAGCACCCCCCUCGCCAGUGCGAGAUGAACUUCUUCGUGUGUCCGCGGCGAGACUCUCUGAAAGUAAUCGUGUGAAAGCUGAAACUCAACUGGUUCGACAACAACAAGAAAUACUAGCGGCACAAGACCCGGAUACUAUAUCAGCGGAGAAGUUCUAUGGCUCUCUAUUAGAUAGAGUCGAUACAAUCCUGGCUUCAAUAGGCGCUAAGGAUAUCGGAUGCAAAGAGAGGGCUGUUUGUGCCUUAUAUAGAGAUCCUUUUAGGCACUCUCCAUACAGCAAUUUAGUGUCGAAUGAACUUAGCAAGGAUUCGAGUGAACUUGUGCCACCAGCGGACAGCAAGAUGGCUCUCCGAUACUUCAGAUACGUCCAAGCGGCUCGAGACGGCCAAGAAUCUAAAGACUGCGUCUCCAUAUAUUCACAAUGUAAUAUUGACUAUGAAAAGAAA